AUGCAUGCAUAUCUCGUUUUCAUACUUCCUGUUCUCUUCCUGGUCCUCCAGCUUCUCCUACGGCUCGGUGGGGCUCUCUUUUCUCCUCUAAAAGAUAUCCCGGGUCCAUUCUGGACUAGGUUCACCUCGUUAUGGUAUUUUAGCCGUGUGCGUCAGGGGCAGUUUGAGCAUGAAAAUAUCAAACUGCAUCAGCAGUACGGUCCCAUUGUCCGUAUCGCACCAAAUCAGUAUAGUAUCAGCGACAUUUCUGCCAUUAAGACUGUCUAUGGAACCGGUUCUCAGUUCGCCAAGUCAGCCUGGUAUGAUGGCUGGAAGCAUCCACAGCUAUGGAACUUAUUUGCGGAUCGUGAUAUCAAGCGACAUGGCGACACUCGAAAGCGAUUCACCAACUUGUAUUCUAUGAGCUCGCUUGUUCACUACGAAUCUUUUGUGGAUCAUUGUGCAGACUUGUUCACCGAUCGCCUCAACGAAUUUGCCGACAACAAGAAGACUUUUAAUCUUGGACACUGGUUUCAAUGUUACGCAUUCGAUGUGAUUGGAAAUAUCACGUUUGGCGAGCGGUUCGGGUUCUUGGACCGAGGCGACGACAUAGAUGGAGCCAUCGAAGCCGUGCACAAGGUAAUGAUGUAUAGUAGCCUCGUGGGAAUCUAUCCCGAAUGGCACCCUCGUCUUUUUGGCCUACUCAGCAAGAUCAAAUCGUCCGGUGCUGGCGGAAGAACCUACAUUCGCGAAUUCGUCGAAGAAAAGAUUCGAAAGCGUGAAGCAAAGCGACCUGAUCCUGAAGCACCGGAGAAUCUUCGAACGCAAGACUUUUUGGAGAAAUUGAUGAUAGCGCACGAAACCAACCCCGAGAAGGUCACCAAGUAUCAUAUUUUCAUCAUGGGUCAGUCGAACGUGACGGCCGGAUCGGACACGACUGCUAUUAGUUUGUCAGGCAUUAUGUGGUAUCUGUUGCAGAAUCCGGAUACCCUGCGCAAGCUGGUUACGGAGAUUGACGACUUCACGGCAAAGGGUAAUGGAAAGAUAAGCUUCAAGGAAAGCCAGGAUAUGCCUUAUUUCCAAGCUGUCAUGAAGGAAGCACUGCGAAUGCAUAGUGCGACUGGCUUGCCAAUGUGGAGAGUAGUUCCAGCUGGCGGAGCUCAGAUUGGUGAUAAAUUCUUCUCCGCGGGCACCAUUGUCGGGGUCAAUACCUGGGUUGCACACUAUGACGAGCGGGUCUUCCCUAACGCAAAGGAAUUCCGACCCGAGAGGUGGCUGGAAGCAGAAAGCGAGCCUGAUAAGUUGAAAGAAAUGAACCAGAUGUAUAUGCCGUUUGGAUUGGGCUCUAGAACGUGCAUAGGAAAGCAUAUCUCCAUUCUGGAGAUGUCAAAGUUGAUCCCGCGUCUUCUUCGGGAUUUCGAAUUUACCCCCUUGAGAAAGAACUGGACCACCCGGAACGCCUGGUUUGUGAAACCCACCGAUUUCGAGGUCAAGGUUCAGAGACGGACAAAAGGGGUAGUGGCAUGA